AUGACCCUCCACUCCCACCGUGACCACUUUGUGGAACCACCCUCUGUCGUUCGGCGCGUGUACCGUUCUCUCCCUCCCGUUGCAAAAACGAUCAUUGCAGUGAUAAAAAGUCAAGGAGCUCGCUUAAAUGCCUCAUAUAUCUGGGAGACAAGGCGGAGGAGAAGAUGCGGAUACGCGCUGGGGUUGUUACGGUUGCCCGAUCAAGCUGUACCCCAUCACGUUGUCUUUGUAGCGGACCCCCAGUUGGUCGAUCCCCAUACAUAUCCUGGCCGACCGUGGCCACUCUCGUCCCUGACAGUGUUUUAUGCCGACCUAUAUCUCUAUCGAACCUAUUCGUUGCUCCAACGGAAUCUAAGUCCGGACACUACGUUCUUCUUAGGGGAUUUGUUUGACGGGGGGAGGGAAUGGGGGACGGAGAGCAGCUCAAGUCCGGAGGAACGGUUUAAGCCAUAUGGACACAGUGUCUGGAUGAAAGAGUAUCGACGGUUCGUUCGCCUGUUUUUCGAUACGUGGAAAUUGGGAGGGAUUGAUUCUGCCGCCAGCGAACGUGGCCGAAAGAUCAUCGCCAGUCUACCAGGCAAUCAUGAUCUAGGGUUUGGCCAUGGGAUACAAAAGCCUGUCCUCGAACGAUUCCAGACUUAUUUCGGCGUUGGCAAUCGGGUAGACAUCCUGGGGAAUCACACUUUUGUCUCUGUUGACUCCGUUUCGUUGAGCGCGAUGGAUCAGCCAGAUCCUCAAACAGGAAGUUCUGGACGUACGUCAGUGGGUGACGAGAUUUGGAGAGCGGCCGAUGAUUUUCUGAACGAUCUUUCAAACAUAAAAGCGCGAGCAGCUAGGGAAGAAUUGCUGGCGCUCCAAGGUCAUAAGGAAAAUUAUUCUGCGCCCUCCAAGAUUGUCGAUGCCAUUGACCUUUCACCGCCAGUGAUAUCGGCCUCUCCAGACGACAUAGAUCUACCGACAGUUAUCCUUACACAUGUGCCCCUCUACCGUGCUCCAGGGAUACCCUGCGGACCCCUGCGAGAACGAUUUCCCCCGUCCUCUACUGAUCCCUUGCCUGAGAAAGACGAAAGAAAUGCUAUCAGAGUCUCCGGGGGCUAUCAAUACCAGAAUGUUCUAACAGACACGAUAAGCAAGAAAAUAAUAAGCAGCGCGGGAGCGAACGUAAAGCAGAUAUACUCCGGCGAUGACCAUGACUACUGCGAAAUCAACCAUCGCGAAUUCAGCGGCUCGCCUAAGGAGAUCACGGUGAAAAGCUUGUCAAUGGCAAUGGGAGUGCGCCGGCCGGGCUUCCAAAUGGCCAGCAUCUACAACCCUAUCGACCUCCAGACGGGAAAAUCCAUAAACACAACAUCAUCAUCAUUAUCAACCUCCUCCUCCUCCACAAUCCAAAACCACCUCUGCCUCCUCCCUGACCAAAUCUCCAUCUUCAUCCAAUAUGGCUACAUCCUCGUCCUGACUAUCCUCGUCCUCCUCGUCCGCGCCGUCGCCUGCACAUUCCGUCCAGCCCAAGACCCAACAUCACCAAUAUUAUCGCAUGACUCUGAACCUCUCCUCCCACUUACUCACAGCCACAGCCACAGCCGCCAUGCUUCCCACCAUUUAGACAGCGCCUCCAUCUCCACAACCUCCAGCACCUCCACAACCUCCUCCGCCUAUAGCGAAAACCGCUUCUCGAGCCGCACCACAUCCACCUUGCUGCCAUCUCAUGGCAGCAAUGGCGAAACAACAAAACAUGUUCGGAUAAUCGACGUCCCAAGCACCGCCACAGGUCAUGAUGAAGUCAGCGAGAGCCUACGACGGUCUGACCUGGUGCUGGAUGAGAAGUUGAGAGAUCACAGCUGGGCGCCGAAGAGGGGUGCGGCUAGCAGCAGCAGCUAUGAUCGUGUCGGCGCCGUUAGGGGUGGUAGCCUUCGGCGGCUCAGACUUUUACUCUACACGGAGGUUUUGAAGCCGCUUAAACGCAUUACGAUUGUGGCUGGGAUAAUGUAUUUGUGGUUGGUGUGGACGUGGUUAUGA